AUGACAACAUCGCCCCCUAAUAAACAACCAUCCAAGAAUGACAUGUCCAAUAAAAGCGUUACUAGUUUAGAUAGUAAUAACCAUAACAGUAACGGUUUGGUAGUCGAUAUCAAUAACCCUGAUAAACAAGUUGUUGAUGUAGUUGGUAGACAUUUGGUUCAACCAGAAAAUAUUCUAAAUAACGUGUCAAAUAAUAACAAUAACAACAGUCAUAUUUCCCCAUCCGUAUCUUUUAGGUCAGGGGUAUCUGAUGCUGACUAUUCCCUACAAUUGCCUAGUGGCGACAUAACUAGGGAUUUAUACAAAUGGCAACAACAACAUGCAUCCCCCUCUUUUCCAGCCAACAAUAUGCCUAUCAACCACCACAACAAUCCGGACAUUUUGGAUGGAAUAAGUCCCGGUUCCCCCAAGUUUCGCAGGAGAUCUAUGAGUAUUGGUGCGCUAUCCGAGUUAGACGAUAUGAGGCACAAUUUUUCUAAUGGAAACAAUACAACUUAUAACAGUAUUAUUGACAAUGCAAAUGAAGAUGAAGAUAGAAAUAGCAAUACUGAUAUUAAUCAUGACAAUGGAAUGUCAAUAAAUGAUAUUAGAGCACCUGGUGGAUUCAGAAGAAAUUUUAUUUUACAGAAACACAAGAAACGAAAUAGGAAGCCAAAUUUUUUAACUAAUAAUUUUAUAGAAUUUUUAACUUUAUAUGGUCAUUUUGCAGGGGAAGACUUAAGUGAAGAUGAAAACGAAGAAGAUGAGGAAGAAAACGCGGAUAACUAUGAUGAAUAUGCAUUGAAUGAGCAAGAUGAUUUGGAAAGCCAAAAUAGCAACACUGCUUCCAGAUUUCGUAAUUCCACUGCAAGAUUACAAAGUAAUACCAGUAUCCUGGAAGAUAUUAAACGGUUGAGAGCUAAUUCCAAAACAAAGUUACUGAAAAAUCAUGAUAACAAUUACGUUCCUUAUCAGUACGCCAAUGUUCGUGGUGCUGACACAGUACAUAGUCACACUGCUACCAGUGCUGUUGCUAGUAAAAAAGCUUCCCAUUUUAAGACAGUGUUAUUACUAUUAAAAUCUUUUGUUGGUACUGGGGUUUUGUUUUUACCAAAAGGUUUCCAAAAUGGUGGCUAUCUGUUUUCUACAGGAUGCUUAUUAUUUUGUAGUGUUAUUUCAUACUAUUGCUUUGUUUCCUUAAUAUCCGCAAGAAAAUAUAUCAGCAACAGUACUAAUAAAAGACAUCCUCUAGGUUAUGGUGAGCUAGGUGGUGCGUAUUUUGGUCAACAUUUCCAGACAGCCAUCUUGCAGAGUAUCAUAUUGUCACAGCUUGGGUUUGCAUCUGCUUAUAUUGUUUUCACUGCCACCAAUUUGCAGCAGUUCUUUACUAAAGUCUUUGGUAGGGAACUGUCAUUAUCGUUUUAUAUUUUCGUUCAGUCAGUUAUAUUUAUCCCAUUUUCCUUGACCAGAAGUAUUUCUAAAUUGGGUGGGACUGCUUUGAUUGCAGACGCUUUCAUUUUAUUAGGCCUAAUUUAUGUUUUUUAUUAUUGUUCAUACUAUCUCGUUGUGGAGCAGCAUGGGAUUUCUUCCACGAUUGUACCCUUUAAUAAUGUGGAUUGGAGCUUAUUUAUAGGGACGGCAAUUUUCACGUACGAAGGGAUUGGAUUAUUAAUUCCAAUUCAGGAUUCAAUGAAGAACCCACACAAGUUUCCUAAAACUCUAUUUUGGGUUAUGGUAGUGAUCACUAUAAUUUUCAUCAGUUGUGGCUUAUUGUGUUAUGGAAGCUUUGGUGAUAAAGUAGAAACGGUCAUACUAUUGAAUUUCCCCCAAGAUAGCGUUAUGACUCAGCUAACCCAAUUUUUAUAUGCGAUGGCUAUUUUAUUAUCAACACCAUUGCAAUUAUUCCCUGCAAUUCGUAUUUUAGAAAACCAUUAUUUGUUCCCCAAGAAGUCAGGGAAACAUAACAAGAAAAUUAAAUGGUUGAAAAAUGAAUUUAGAACUUUUAUUGUACUUUUGAGUUGUUUAAUUGCUUGGAUAGGUGCUAACGAUUUAGAUAAAUUUGUUUCCUUGGUUGGUAGUUUGGCCUGUAUUCCAUUGAUUUAUAUAUAUCCUCCAUUGAUGCAUUCCAAGGCAUUUCCAAAAUAUAAGCUUUUAGAUUACUUUAUUGUCAUAUUCGGGUUCACAGUUUUGUGCUAUACAACCACACAGACUAUUUUAUUAUGGGUUAAGUAA